CGAAAUCUUCAACUCAAGGCACGCUGAAGAAGAAGAAGAAGAGGAAGAAGAAGAGGUUUUUCCAAGGUCUGAAGAAGAAAAGGAGAGAGAAAGAGAGAGAUUUGGAUUUGGAUUUGGAUUUGGACUAAGAAGGAACUUGUUCUGGUCGACGGCGGACAGUAUAUUUUGAAAAUCCAGAAUUCAUUGAUUUUGAAAAGGUAAGGUUCAUCAAGAGGAUAUUCGUUUCGCGAUCAAUUUCUCACUUUAAUAUACUGAUGAGAAAGAAAAGGUUAUGAACCAUCAUAGAAUGUCAAAGCUGUCUAAAUGCAGAAAUCAUGGUUAUAAAGAGAUUCUAUGAUCAUCGCCAUGGAUACUCUUGAAGAGAGCUCUAGAUUGGGUUCUCUGCGAGGCGGCGCCUCUCUGAGGAACCUAUCGUCUUCUUCUUCAGCAUUCUGUUCUGCAAAAGAGUCGCCAUUCUUCUCUCCAAAGUCACCAACAACCCAGGCAUCAAGAUCUCUUCCUGCAAUUCCAGAGCCACAAUCGCUUACAAACGUCAGGUUAUCUUCAUCAAAUGGUUCGGUAAUGCCAGCAGCAUCCACUUCCAGCGACAUUCAGAACUUUGACGAACCGUCACCUUCCCCCGCCAUUCCCAACGGAAAACUCUCCUGUUAUGGUAUAGGCUGCGGCAAUGAAUACCAAAGGCAAAGAGAAAAACAAAAGAAGGUUCAAAGAUUCAAUGCGAUGUCGUUUACUACUAAUCCAAUCUUUUCCUCUAAUAGGCCGAGGAGCUCUGACGUGUACAUAGGUUUUAAUGAUCGUAAACCUUUACUAAUCAGAUUCACUAACUGGCUUCGCGCUGAGCUAGAAGCUCAAGGUGUUAGUUGCUUUGUAACUGAUCGAUCGCGUUGUCGCAACUCUCGUAAACAUGGUGUGGUGGAGAAAGCGAUGGAUGUUUGUAGUUAUGGAGUUAUUAUCUUAACACGAAAAUCUUUCAGAAACCCGUAUACGAUUGAGGAACUUUUGUUUUUCGCGGGAAAGAAGAAUUUGGUCCCGAUUUAUUUUGAUUUGAGUCCUGAUGAUUGUCUUGUUCGGGACAUAGUCGAGAGAAGAGGGGAGUUGUGGGAGAAGUACGGUGGAGAAGUCUGGCUUGUUUAUGGUGGAGUGGAGAAGGAAUGGAGAGACGCUAUUAAUUCCCUUUUGCACGUCGACGAAUGGAAACUCGAGGCUCAUGAUGGUAACUGGAGGGAUUGCAUACUCCAAACGGUUACCUUAUUGGCUUUGCGGUUAGGGAGAAGGAGCGUUGUUGAUAGGAUAACGAGGUGGAGGGAAAAGUUGGCAAGGGAGGAGUUUGUUUUGAGUCGAAACGAGAAUUUUGUUGGUAGGAAGAAGGAACUUUCCGAGCUUGAGUUCAUGCUUUUCGGAGAUGUAAUAACUGGGGAGGCUGAAAAAGACUACUUUGAAAUAAAGGCGAAACAGAGGAGGAGGAAGAAUACGACGAUUGGUGGACAUAGGAAAGGGAAGGAGCCCGUUGUGUGGAAGGAAUCAGAGAAGGAGAUCGAGAUGCAGAAUGCCAAGGCGAAGACCGGUGGAAGGAGGAAACGAUCGACGAAAAUCGUGUAUGGAAAAGGGAUUGCUUGCGUUUCUGGGGAAUCUGGAAUUGGAAAAACAGAACUGCUUCUCGAGUUUGCUUAUAGAUUCCAUCAAAGGUACAAGUCGGUUUUAUGGGUAGGAGGGGAAAGCAGAUACAUACGACAGAAUUAUUUAAACUUGUGGCAGUUUCUGGAGGUGGAUGUUGGUGUCGAAAAUGUGAACGAGAAAAGCAGGAUUAAGAGCUUUGAAGAACAGGAAGAGUCCGCGAUAGCCAGGAUUAGGAAAGAGCUCAUGAGAAACAUUCCAUUUUUGAUAGUAAUAGAUAAUCUAGAAAACGAAAAGGAUUGGUGGGACAGGAAACUCAUAAUGGACCUUCUCCCGCGUUUCGGAGGCGAAACCCACAUUCUCAUAUCCACUAACUUGUCUCGCGUGAUGAAUUUGGAAACGCUAAAACUCGAAUUCCUAUCCGAAAUCGAAGCGAUGUCGUUAAUGCAAGGAAACUUAACUGCUGUCAGUUAUCCUGUUUCGGAAAUUGAUGCAUUGAGAGUCAUUGAAGCGAAACUCGGAAGACUCACCUUAGGAUUCUCAAUCGUCGGAGCUAUUCUUUCCGAGCUCCCGAUAACUCCGAGUAGACUUCUCGACACUAUCAACCGAAUGCCUAUCCCGUUACUAUCGGAAAACAACAGCUCGUUAUUAAGGAGAAACAACUUAUUCCUAUUGCAACUAUUCGAGGUUUGUUUCUCGAUUUUCGAUCAUGCGGAUGGUUCGAGAAGUCUUGCGACUAGGAUGGUUCAGGCGAGCGGUUGGUUCUCGCCCGAACCUAUUCCGGUUUCCUUAUUAGCUAUGGCUGCAUUCAAAAUACCUGACAAACAUAGACACACCCGAACUUGGAAGAAGCUCGUUCAGUCCUUAGCUUGUGGCGGGUUAACUUACGUAAAGAAAUCAGAAGAACAAGCAGGUUCGAUUCUUUUAAGGUUUAACAUCGCGAGAAGAUGUAGUAAAGAAGGCCGCAUUCAGAUCCACGACGUCCUCAGGGCCUACACUCGAAGGAGAGGCGGGAUGGGGGUUGCGAAAGCGACGGUUCAAGCAGUGGUUAGUCGCGGCUCGAUUGCUGAACAUUCGGAGCAGAUAUGGGGGGCGUGUUUUCUUCUAUUCGGGUUUGGGAAUGAUCCGAUUGUUGUGGAUUUGAAGGUUUCCGACAUGCUUUUCUUGGUGAGGGAAGUAGUUUUGCCUCUCGCGAUAAAGGCCUUUGUCACGUUCUCGCGUUGCAGGGCGGGGCUUGAGCUGUUGAGGCUUUGCACGGACGCGUUGGAGGCGGUUGAUGAGGCGUUUUUGGCUCCGGUUGAGAAGUGGUUGGAUAGAUCAUUGUGUUGGAAACCGAUUCAGACAAGUGCUCAGUUGAAUCCGUGUCUUUGGCAAGAAUUGGCGCUUUCGAGAGCUACGGUUUUGGAAACGAGGGCUAAGUUGAUGAUGAGAGGAGGCCUGUUUGAUAUCGGGGAUGAUUUAAUUCGGAAGGCGAUAUUUAUUAGAAGUGCGAUAUCGGGGGAGGAUCAUCCUGGCACGGUUGCGGCUAGAGAAACGUUAAGUAAGCUUACUAGACUUCUUUCAACUUUUCAAAUGAAUAGCUCACCAUAGAUUAUUUCAGUUUUUUUUUUGUUUUUUUAGAACUUGAAUUACAGAAAAAAGCUUACAAGAACUGAUGAUAGACAUAAAAGAAACAAAUUCUAUACCUUUUUUUUUCGUCUAUUAAGAAUAUGCCUUGACCAUUCCUUUGA